AUGCCAACAACACACAACCUCGCCUUCACAGCCCCCAUCAACCCCCCGGGCACUACCACCACCCUUACCACAUCCCAAAUUUGGACCGGCCUCCUCCUAAAAUGCCGCUCAGCCGAAACCUUCGUCCCAGCCGCAAUCCAAGCCACCACCGUGCUGAGCGACACCAUCGAUCCCGUGACAGGCAACCCAGUGGUCGUCCGCGAAGUCCUGUUCCGCGAGUCGCAGAAGUUGGUGAAGGAGGUUGUUACGGCGUUUGAGCCUUGUCGGGUGGAGUUUGAACAGCCGGAUGGGAGUCGUGUUAGUAAUGUUGUUAGUGAGGGGGCGGAAGGGGAGCUGUAUUUGACUUAUAUUUUUGAGUGGAGACAUCCGGAACUGGAUGCAGAUGGGGAGGAGAGUUUGGAGGUGUUGAAGAGGGAAAAGAGGAUGAGUAAAAUGGCUGUUGAGGGGACUAUUGCGGUUUUGAGGAGGUUGGUUGAGGAGGGGAAGAUUUGA